AGUGGUGUCCAGUGGUGGAGGUAUGAUGCCUAAAUAACCUUAAUUUCACUAGCAAACAGAAAAAAAUGGGAGAGGUGGGAGGAAAAAAAUUAACUUUCUGAAAGUAAGGAAUGUGCUCUCUUCAAGUUAUAUGGUACUUAAUGCAGAACCACAUAUAAGCAGGCAAACAGAUGUUUGAUCUCAUAAAAGUGAAAUUUAAUCCUUGUUGCUCUACAUUGAGAGCAGCUAUCACCAAGAUUAGGAAGAAACUAAUUUUACAGUAGGAGAAAAUAUUUCUCUAACAUACUUUCAUGCAAUAAAUAUUUAUUGAAUGCCUGUUUUCAGCUUGUUAGGAAGUUCUUCCAUGUAUCAAGCCAAAAUCUGCCUGUCUUCAUUUUCCAAUCCACUCGUGCUAGGGCUGCCCUCUGAAGAUGACUUGUAUAAGACACACGCUCAGACGAGGGGAGAUGGCUCCAAGGUUUGCCUCAGAGCAUGUUAAAUCUUCACCUCUUGUUUGCCUUCUGGGAGCGGUUCAUUUCUGUCAGUAUCUUUCCUAAUUGUGACAUCCAGAGCCAAAGGUCACCUCCCUAUCCUUGGUGUAGUCUAACCAAUAGACACUAAUGCUGCUGACACAGGACCCAAAUGCCACACCUGUCGAUGGACUUUGAGCUGUUUUCUAGCCCCAUCAUCCCCAUGCUGUCCUGAACUGAUUGGAUUUUUUCCUAAUCUAGGUGAAGGCGUUCACAUUUAUUCUUAGUAAAUGCCAGCAUUGUGUUAUAUUCAGCCCAUCACUGCAGCAGAUUGAGAUAUUUCUGGAUCCCGUGUAUUGCUAUGAAGUGUGUUGAGAAAAAAAUUGGGAGUCAGAAAACGAAUCCCCAUCUUAUACAUUUAACUUAUAUGUAUUAUCUACUUCACGGGGUGGUUAUAAGGGACAUUUUUUAAGGGGACUUAAUAUAGUUCAGAUCAAUCAACCAUUUAUGCGCCUACUACGUUAGAAGCAACUAGAAAUACUACAAAGGAUCCAGGCUUUUGUCAUCCUCCUGUAGUCCUACCACCACAAAUGUUUCAUCACCCUGUAGCCAACUUGAUCAUGAACCUGUCCACACUUAAGCCAGGCUGAUAACCAAUUGGUAAAUACCACUAGACCCAUAAUCUUAAACCUUUUUGGCUCUUGCCAGAACUUCUAUUCUGCUGGCUGCAUCUUCAAGAAUUCAAGGUCACCUUCACAUCACCAUGAGGUAAUGAAGUAUCACUUUACUGGCACUGCCAAAAAAAUGCCCAUCCAUGCCCUCAAGGAUCAUAAAUUCUAAGGGAAGAAUGGCAAGUAAUUAGAAAAUAAUGUAGUCUGAAAGAGGUCAAGGGACUCAGAGAAAGGGAAGGAUAACACUUUAAUCGGGAAAGGGUUUUUGGAGGUGACACGUGAGCCUUGACAGGUGAAGGGAGUGUGUUUUGAGCAUGGAGGGGUUUCAUGACUGUCUGGAGAGGAUGACUAGUUCAGGAGUGGGAGAGGAAAUCUGGGACACUACCUCGACAAGAGCACAGAAGGUAGAAAGGGGAAUUGGACAAGAAAGCUGGUGAGGCAGAUGGAGGCAGCCUCAGGGUGGAAUCUACAUUCCAUCUUAAAGUAUGCUGAAGCAAGAAGCUGUUGAAAAGGAGUAAAAAUCCAAGAGAUGAUUUAAUUUGCUUUUCUUCUUAAACUGCCUUACUUGAUGAGGCUUUCUUUCCUGAAUUUCACAUCAAAAGACCUUAAGCAUGAAAGUCAGAAAAGCAGAGAGAGCAUAAUUCUCAGGGACCAUCAUAUGAUUCUCUUAGGAGGGAGAGAGAAGUGGAACCAAUCAUCAUGCUGAAGGGGACAAAGUUACAUCCUUAUACCGAACCCCUUGAUGGAGGAUGGGGAUGGAUGAUAGUGUUUCACUUUUUCCUGGUAAAUAUGCUUCUAAUGGGAUUGACCAAAACCUUUGCAAUUUUCUUCGUGGUUAUUCAAGAAGAAUUUGGUGGCACUUCAGAGCAGAUUGGCUGGAUUGGGUCCUUACUGUCCUCAUUCCGCUUCAUCGCAGCUCCACUGGCUGCCAUGUUCUGUGAAAAAUUAGGAGAGAAGUUUACGUCCAUCCUUGGUGCUCUGCUCAUUUGCACUGGAUACUCGAUCAGCAGCUUAGCCACAGGCAUCUCCUUCCUCUGUAUAACUAUGGGACUUUUACCAGGUCUGGGCUCUGCCUGCUUAUACCAUGUAGCUGCUGUGAUGACAGCUAAAUAUUUCAAAAAACGACUGGCUCUUUCGAUUGCUGUUGCUCGUUCAGGGAUGGGGCUGACAUUUCUGUUGGCACCUCUCACAAAAAUCUUGAUAGAUGAAUAUGACUGGUCAGGUACCCUUCUAAUAUUUGGAGGCAUUUCAUUAAAUCUGGUGCCCUCUAGUAUGCUCUUACGACCCAUCCAAAUCAAAGGUGAAGAAAACAUGGCUACCAGAAGUCCAGAUGCAACAAGUCCACUAGAAGUUCCAGCCAGGGGUGAUGGACAGUGGCCUCCUACGAGAAACUACUUAGUCAGCAGGGAUGAACAAACUGGUCAAGGGGCAGCGAUCUCAAGAUACCAAAACAAUGAAGAAGAGGUCAUUGGCAACAAGCCUCAAUUUUGUGACCAAAACACUGUCCCAGGGACCAAUUUCUCUCUAUUUAAGAACCCUUUCUUUUACAUAUUCACCUGUUCUUUCCUAUUCAGCCAGCUAGCAUAUUUCAUCCCUACUUUCCAUCUGGUAGCCAGAGCUAAAACCCUGGGAAUCGACACCAUGGAUGCCUCCUAUUUAAUUUCAAUGGCUGGCAUCACAGAGACUGUCAUGCAGCUAGUGUCUGGAUGGUUUGCUGACCAGAAGUGGAUCAAGAACUAUCACUGCUACAAGGCUUACCUCAUCCUCUGUGGCAUCACUAACCUGCUGGGUCCUCUAGCCAUCACAUUUCCUCUACUCAUGACCUACUCCGUCUUCUUUGCCAUUUUCUGUGGUUGUUACUUGGCACUGGUACUCCCUGUAAUGGUUGAUCUUGCUGGAAAAUCUGCACUAAACAGGCUUUUGGGAUUUUCUUCCUUUUUUGCUGGGCUAGCUGUUCUUUCUGGACCACCCAUAGCAGAUUCAGCCAUGCCUGCUGUCUUUCUCUUCAUUUCCAUCUCUUAGAAUACUUGGUUUCCUUUAAGGCUUCAGCUCAAGGGCCACUUCCUUAGGGAAGCUCUGCUGGUCACCAAAGGUAAGUGGCCAUUCUCUCCUCCAAUUCUUUUGUUCACUCCUUGGUGUAUAUGUCAGACUCCCUACAAAACAGAGGAAGGAAGCAACUGGAGGCCUGGGGCAUAUCCCCAGUGCCUCGAUGCCUGUAUGUCUACAUGCUUAGUAAAUGCUCGCUGAAUCGAGUCUUUUCCUCAAGGGAAGAGAUUUAAGCGAAGGUAUUUGGCCCAAUGGUUAUAGGCAGAUAUCUGGGUCCUGCUACCCUCAGCUCAGGGCUUUUCAGAACUCCAUGGCUACAGCUUGCUGGGAGCCCAUCACGAGACAGACUCCCAGUAGGUUCCUCCUCACCAUUCUCUUCCUUGCCUCGGCAGCAGGGCCUUGUCAUCACUCCACAACAGUCUGGGGAUCAGUCAUUUGACUUUUCAUGAGAAAUGUGAUACAUCACCUGGACUAAUAAGAUUAGAACAAAACAUGACAAGGGAAGCCUAAUGUGGGUAUUGACAAAUAUGGAAAGCUGAGCAGAAUGACGGCAGGUCUAUGCUUAUUUCAGUUAACUUCUCCAGAUUAACAAUCCAACUUAAAUUCAGCUUUUUUCUUUUUUUUAACCUCACCUGUAUAUCUGUUGUUGAACAAGGGCAGCAUAUUGAGGGGGUGAGAAACAAUUUCUAGGGGAAAAUGUUUGAAUGCUAGACAAAAAAUAUAACACUUUCCAAUCAAGUAGUAAAAAUACAGCCAUUGGAAACUCACUUUUGUGCUUCCUCCAGCCAUGACCAGUAUUGGAGACAAGGAGGGAUAUGAUCUUGCACCUCUCAUUUUUCACCUAGGUAGUUUAAUACUGGAGACAGAUUUCAGAAACUCUAAAUCUAAGACUUAAUAAAGGGCAAAGAUCAAAAGGAAAAUUAUACAGAAAACAUAUUUUAGCAUCUAAGUUAAAUUAGGGGAUCCCUUUAAAGAAAGAUAUAUAUGAAGAAAACACACAGGAUUAUAUUUAAAGUCCAGUUUGCAUAUAGUGAAGUGAAAAAAGGGAAAUUUAUACAACCAGAUUCCUUUAUCUUAACAUUCUUUCUUCUACCUACAAAGAUAAAUGCUAUUUGCCAGAACACUGUUUAUUUCAUGUGUGGAAAGCAGACUGGCAUUUUAAGGUCUAAUAUCAGAAUUAAGUUUUACAGAAAUUAUAGGGAGGAGGCCAAGUACCAGAAGGUGCCCAGCAGAGAACUUCCAUGGUGAGUGCCAAUACCAACAAGUACUGAUGAGAGAUUGAAUUCGGUUUGCAUCUCUGUAAUAUGAAUAUUGCCGAGAAGGCUGAUCCUUUUGAGUCAAGAGCACAAGGUAGGAAAUGUCCCUCAAUAAUAUAUCAACUAGAGAUUAUAUAAUUUAAUUCAUAUUUCUAAAGGUAGAACACAAAGAUCUGAAAUUCUAAAGUGUUUAAAGUUAUAAAAUAAACCUAAAAAUUUCAGCAUGCUGGAAAACUAAAUGAAGAGGUUGACAGGUAAGAGGAAGAAGAGAAAGGAAUAAUAAAGCAGAGUUUUAUAAUUUCUAAGUUAUAAAACUUAGAAAGAGGGUGAGAGGGAAAUCAUAAGACAUGUUCUAACUUCCACAUUCUAUACCAUAAUCUAUGGAUAUUUUGUCUAAAAACUCAUGAAUCUUAAAUUCUAAUUUUUCUUAUUGUCAAGGUAAGGGAUAAGGUAAAUGUCUAUAUAAGGACCUCUGAGCCAAGGGGGUUGUUAGAACAAAAUUAUGCUCAAUUCCUCUCCUUGCACUGUGAUCACUGGCUGACUGCUGACCUGCUUAGAAGCAGCAGAGAAGGGAGAAUCCCCAGACCCACCCUGGUCUUUAACUCCACCUUUGGUCAAAUGACUGGGAGGGCUUUUGCUGAGCAGCAGCAGUCAGAUGUGUGCCUUCUCAUCUCCACUGAAAUGUUAAGUAGUAAAGCAGCUGCAGAAAUGUUAAACCAUCUCAGUCGUCUUCUUCUUUUUUUUUUUCUGCGGGGCAAUGAGGGUAUCUCGGUCUUUUCAACUGGUACUGAAUGGUGUAAGAGCUGUUUUAAGCUUUAAUUGUCAUAAGAAUUAUCUGUGACAAAAUGCCAGAAAUAAAGCCAGAGAUGGGUCUUUCCACUUUAGUGCAUGUCACAAAGAAUGCUCUCUUUCUUGCUAAGUCAACUAUCAGACUCUCUAGGCCUUGCCUCUUUGUCAUCUAAUAAGUCUGCCACAGAUGACAACUUUCCCCAAGGAUCCCCAGUCAGAACGUUAAUUAGUUAAUAGCUUACCAGAAAACUCAUUUUUCCCCUUCCUGUAUGGAAUUGAAACAGAAAAAAAAAAGUUAAUUCUUUGUCACUUGUUUCAAUUUAAUGAGGGCCAACAAAAGGCGUGAUAAAUUUUAAAUGUAACAAUAACUUCAUUUAUAUUGUUUUAAAGCCUAAUAUCCAUAUAGGUUUUCAAGGAUUUAUAACAAUUGUUUCACCCAUUUCUUAACUAUGGAUGUAAAAAUGAAGAGUAGAUAAAUUCAUAAUCAGAAUUUAAGUGAAAUUUACUGAUGUAUGAGUACUUGCAUGGGUAACCAAGAGAAUACCACAGAUUCAUCAUAAAAACAAAUUUGUUAUUGCUCACCACAAAGCUUUCUAACCCCAGAAAGUCAAUUUGAUUUCUGUCAGGUCUCAGGAAUAUACCAGGAAGAUCUUCAAGAAAUCUGGCUCUGCUUUAGGGCAGACUCAGCAGGAUCCCAGCCUGAAGUAGACCUCCUGGGCUAAUCCAAAGACUGCCCUUGAGACUUGAGUCAAAUAUCCUUCACCCUGACCCAAACCGUGUCACUAGGCUCUGCUACCUACUGGCCACAUGACCCUGGGAUCAUUUGUUGUUUUUUUUAAACCUCUCAUUGCUCAAACCUCAGAACAUCCUGUAUUCUCUUUAUUUGCCUUCCUAGAGUCUCUACUGAUUUAGGUAAAUCUGAAAGAAAAUAUAACACCUUUAACAAACCUGGGCAAGCUACAAUGCAAAUAGUCAUCAAAUCCUAUAUAUAAAUACAAAGCAAAAAAGGAAAUGACUUACCUGCAAUUCUUCAAGCUCUAUCCAUGGCAUGUGACUAAUUUCAAACUGCUAAAAGCUCAAAUUUGUUAAAUUGCCCCAUCAAGGACUGGAAUUAAAACUUACCUGUCAAUAAAGUACAAAAGUUGGCUGUAUGACAGCACCCAGACAUACGCCUGUUCCUUUUUCUUUUCUGGGACGUGUUUUUUGCUCUCAUCGGUUCCUCUGUUCUUUUUGGCCCUGGCCACAAAAUGGGUAA